AUAGGUACUUUUACCAUAGAUGAUACGUUUAUUGCCAAUGCAUAGUCGCAUUUUAUGUGAUAAUUGUGUGUGCAAAGCAAAGUUUGAUUUUCUUUUAUUCCACGAAAAAAAAUGUGUGACGGAAGGACAGUUUUGGUCGUCGACAAUGGUUCUGUGACGUGCAAAGUGGGAUUUGCUGGACAAAACGCCCCGCAUGCCGUUGUCCCUACGAUAGUUUCCAGUUCCAAGCUUAUUGGUCCCACCUACGUCGGCACGAUAAAGUGCCCGAUGGAACAAGGCAAUAUUACCGAUUGGGACAAUAUGGAAGAAAUCUGGCGUCAGGCUUUCUACGAAGUAUUACAUGUAACUCCAAAAGAUCACCCUGUUUUGCUUACAGAAUCCCCACUGAACCCAAAGUUUAAAAGGGAAAAGAUGGCUCAGAUUAUGUUUGAGUAUUUCGGAAUUCCUGCAAUGUACUUAGCUAAUCAAGCAGUACUCUCUCUGUAUGCUUCUGGACGUAGCACUGGCAUUGUACUGGAGUCCGGAGAUGGUGCCUCACACGCAGUGCCUAUUUAUGAAAAUCACGCUAUAUCCAGCGCCAUUUCGCCUUUGAAUUUUGCUGGCCGUGCAUUGACCGACUACCUAUUGAACCUCUUAAGCCAACGUAGAUACACUCCACCAACCGAACAAUAUAUUGGUCGAGAUAUCAAAGAAAACCUUUGCUACAUAGCUCUGGACUACGAAGAAGAAAUAGGCCGCAAACAAUGGCUACAAGAUCACCGCCUUCCAGAUGGUCAAACUAUCGCCAUUGGAAAUGAAUGCUUCACAUGUCCAGAGGCCCUUUUCCAGCCAUCAUUUUUAGGCAUCAAUGCUUGCGGUAUCCAUGAAAUCACUAACAAUUCAAUCAUGAAGUGCGAUGCAGAUAUCAGGAAGGACUUGUACUCCAACAUUAUACUUUCUGGAGGUACCACCAUGUUUAGGGGCAUUGUUGAUCGUAUGCAAAAAGAAAUCAUCGCCUUGGCACCGUCUUCCACGGAAAUUAAAAUCAGCCCACCGGAAAAAGACUCGGCUUGGAUCGGUGGUUCUAAUUUGGCUUCUUCGUCCACUUUCGAAAAAAUGUGGAUCUCUAGCCAAGAGUAUUACGAGUGCGGACCACGCAUCGUCGAUAGGAAAUGUUUCUAGUUUUACUGUCAUGUGUACUUAAUAUUUUGUUAUGUUAGUGGUAUUAACUGCUUUAAGAGUUUACCAAAGUCGGUUUCAUCUCUUCACUUGUAGUAGGUAUACAUUUUGGAGAAAACUGACAGAAAUAGUGAGAGUAUUUUGUCUCCUCUAGAAAAAGACAAGAUUUAUUUGCAAUUUCUUCAAAUAAAACAUGAGGCAGGUGGCUUAACUUUCAUGUGUUUCAAUAGAAAGCAAAAACUGAUGUGGGGCAAAUAUUCACCAAAAGCUUACACCAUCAUAAUUAUCUGUAGAAACAAAUUGCAAAAUUUUCCUUGCUUUUCUUUCAUUUGGCACUUUUCUAUGGUAUCUUUGUCUGAUUAGUUUGAAUAUAAACUUCACAAAGUACAGAUGCUGAAUAUUUUUAAUAAUAUCCUAUUUUCCUAUGCAACAACACCCUGCCACAGGGGUCACCGUCAAUUCGUCGUAAAUCAAUAUGUCGUACAUCAAUUCGCCGUACGCCAAUUCGGCGUAAAGUCAAUUCGUCGUAUAUGCCAAUUCGUCGUAAAGUGAUUUUGUCGUAAAGUCAAUUCGUCGCGUACGUCAAUUCGUCGUAAAGUCAAUUCGUCGUAUACGUCAAUUCGUCGUAACAUUAUUUCGUCGUAUACUUCAAUUCGUCGUAUAGGUAAUUCGUCGUAUACGUCAAUAAGUCGUAUUUCAGGUAUUAUGUUAAAAUAUUGAAAUUUAUAAAUUUAC